AGGUCGCCAUGGAGACCGAUGCUGUUAAGAGCGAGAGGGCCAAGAGAAGGUGGGGAGUGAAGAUGAAGGUGUCUGUAGCCUCCGGCGCGGGAGGGGGUGGGGGGAAGGCGUAUUAGGGGAUUCCCGGGCAAGGGCUCCGAAAUCGGGCGGGUCUUGCUUUUGAGUAUUGCCAAGACUCUGCAUGGUAGGGCUUGUCCCCAGCGUCAAAGGCAGAAACAACUGAGCCCCUGGACUUCUGCUUUACAUUGAGAGCUCAGGAGUGGGCGUUUCAUUUUUCCUGCAUCUGGGGAGCCUGCAAGGCUAUGCAUUUUGACCUUUGAGAUCUGUGCAGCCCGAUACGGAAAGCAUGAAUAGAAGAGAUUGGCCGUUCAUGAUGAUUCAGAGAAAUGACAGCUCAGAUAUCCUGGCAGUCCAUAUGAAAGAUGGGAUGAGGAGGUCCAGGUACAAGCUAGUGGACUACCAGCAGUUACGUGCCCUAACCAAAGCCACAAACUCCAAAAAGCCAUGGAGACGUCAAGGGCGGCUAAAGAACAGAUGCUGAUCAAGCAACACAAGCAGGUGUGGUGGCAGGAACAGGAGAGGCUGAAGGGGAUCAGAUGUAAAUUGGAGUCUGAAAUAAGAUCUUGUCUCAAUGAGGAGAGCAUUGGAAAUGAGUGUUUUUCUGAGCUUAUGGAUUUUGAGAAGGAGCUGUCAGAACAAUGGUGUGCAUACCUUACAGCUGUGAUCGACCCUAUUCGUCAGCUGAGAAGAGGCCUGAAGAAACAGCACCACACUUCCCAGAAUGCACCCUGCCAUAAGGGCUCAGAUUCAACUACAGUUCUGGAAGAGGUUGACUUUGUCAAGGAACAAUCCAAGGCUGCCUUUGAAAGACUUCAUCAGGAGCAACAGCACUUAGAAAAAGAUCUUUCAGACUGGAGUGUGAAGUUACUAGGUCACUCUUCGGAAGAAAAGUCUAACCUGCUCAGUGAACAGCCCAUGGAGUUAGAAACAUUGGACUGCCCAUACCCUGAUCUGAAAUCGUCAAUUCUUAAUGAGUUCUGUAACUUUACAGAGCAAUAUCAAGAGAAACUUGAAGAUUUUGAUCUGCAAUUGGAAGACAUACGCAGUAACUUCCAACUAAGUGAGGAAGAGCAGUGGAUUUACCAGGCUGUCUUAGACCAGUAUCCAGGAAAUCUCGUUGGCAGAAGGGCUCUGUACUUGGACAUGUUGCAAAGAUAUUUUCCUCACAAGUCCAGGCAUCAUUUGGUAGAACAUGAGAAAUACUGUGACCAGUAUCGCUUUACUAGAGAGCAGAGAAGAAUCCUGAUAGACAAUUGGAAUAGAAACAGGAAAGACUUCAUACAGAAAGCCAUGCUGACUCUCCUUGAGGCCUGUGAAGCCUAUGAAAUGGAGGGCCUGCUAGCCAAGGACAGAAAACGGCAGCAGGAACUCUGUGCUGACCUGAAAGCCAAGGUCUCUCAAUGGCGAGCCCAACAAGAAGAGCUAUCAAGACUGGAAAUGGAAAUUUCAGCCAGAAGAAGAGAAAGGGAAGAGGAGAAAGAGAAAUUGUGGAAAAAGAAGGAAUUGCUGCGAAGGGAGGAGACAGAGAUUAAGAUAAGAAAAUACUGGGCUAAGAAACAAGAGAAGUGGCAAGAAAUGGAAAUGAGAGAUCUCCGGCGUUUGGAAGAACUGAAGAAGUUAAUGGCAGAGCAGUCAAUGAAAGACAGAGAAAGGGUUAAAUAUAGACAAGAGUUGUUGGAGAAGCGUUUGAUGGAGAGAAAAAAAUUGGCCCUUCAAGAAGUCCAGGAAGAAGAAGAGAGAGAGAGGCGGCUGGAAGCCCUACGAAAGCAGGUUGCUGUCACUGUCCAGUCUGAUCCAGUUAGAAUGAUGUCAGAGACACUGGCCUGGAAAGCUAGGACAGGAGUUGAAAAUGAGGAAGAAUUCAUUCUUCAAAAGCCCCUCUUUACAUUGACUACUUACAACGAGCAGCAGAUAACUUCUGACCCUCGACUCCGAUUUGAGUUAGCACUUCGAGAAGCUGGACUCCAUAAAACACAGUAUGCCAAGGAGAUGCUACCAAAAAUUGGUCCUCCGAAACCUCCAAGGAAGGACACAGAAUCGACAGUGUUCAAGGUCAUGUGAGCCAACACUGUGAGGAUACGGAUACUGAUAUUCACUGCUUCGAAAUGCUUAAAAAACCACUGCACGCAGAAAUCAUAGCAUUUAUUAAACAACCUUCCCUUUUUUAAUCUUCAAAGUUUUGUUCAUCAUUUGCUUUUCCUUUAAAUAACAUGUAUUAUCAGCAAAUUUACCAAAAUUAUGAGACUUUGGUCUGUAUGUUGUGAUUUGGUUGGCUGUUAUUUUGGAGGGUUUUCUUUUUUCUGUAAAGAGGAGCUGAAAAUAACCAUUUGCAAGAAUUGUCUUUUCCAUGGGCGCGUGCAUUUUGGCUUGUUAUCUCAGUAUUUGACUUUUAAUUAUGGAAGCUUCAUUAUCAUUAAUACUUCUAUUGUUUCUUGGUUAUUCUAAGAGGAGAUUAAACUGUUAUCUAAAUUUAGAAAUCAGUUUGGUGCAUCAUGUUUAUUGCAAACUAAUUAUCUGAGCAACUUCAGCUUUCAAAUCUGGCUUAAAAAGAAAUUAGACGUAGUGUCUCCAUCACGGGAAUACCUGGGGUUUUUUCACUGAGAAAACAUGACAAUGUGGUCAUUUAGAAGGAAAAACUGGAAUUUUAUGAUACUUGAAAUGUUAUUAAAAGUUUCUAAUUAUCUAAGAAAUACCUAGAUGAAUUUCUUGAAAAGGAGUAUCUCAAAUAAAGCUUGUCUACAUGUUUUUGGCUAUUUCUAAAAGAUAGCAAGAAAAUAUUUCAGCAAGAAAAUGUGUUUUUAAAUCUUCUAGUUGCUAAUAGUAGUAAGGAGACUGACUUCUUUAUUUUUCUUUGCUGCCAUCUCCUGUAUCUCCUGUCCACCCUUAGCCCCUGGGAUAUUAUCUCUAGCUAGUUGUGAGUUGCUCUGAAAACAACAAAAUCCAGGGCUGUGGAUGAAGCUCAGUGACCAGGACACUUGGCUAUAAAGCCCAGAGCCCUGACUCUGAUCCCCAGUGUCCUAUAAACUGAAUGUGGUGGGACGCACAAUGCUAGCACUUGGGAGAUGGGAAGCAGAAGCAACAGGCUGUAUAGUCAAUUUACAGCCAGCCUGCAGUACAGGACACUCUGUUGAAAAAGAGAGAGAAAGAUGGGAGAGAGCAGGUGAGGAGAGAUGAGGGGAGCAGGAAGAGAAACAAGAGCGUCACAGAAAACAGGCUGAUUGCGGCUCUUCAUGAUCACUCGCGGCAUCGCAAAUGUAAGUAGAAUCAGCCCAAUCUGUCAGAAUACAUUGCCUUCUAUGUAAGAGUUCUACGUGGGGGAGGGGUGGCGGGAGGUGAGAAGACCUUAUCCACACCCCAAGGUUCAUCCUAAGGCUUCCUUGCUUAAGCUCUUUGCAGCAUUAUAAUAUCUCAGCAAAGAGUGGAGAAGUCCUUAGGAAGAGAGGGAGAGUGGUGGGCAUGGAUUUGUCUUGGGGGUCUUUCUAGGGGUCAAAGUGUUAUUUUAUGGGGCCCUGGCCAUAAACCCAUGGAAAACUGCUGUGACAAAAAUCAUCAUGUGCAGACAGAGCGAUCUGGGUGCUGCUGAGCCUGUGGCUGCUUACUGUCCUGGACAUCCACACCAAAGUCCUGGGGUGGCAUUCAAACACUGCUGACACACGAACUCUUUUAAACUCUCUUAAGAGCUAAAGACUUGGGGAUGGAGAGAUAGCUCAGUGGUUAAGAGCACUGGCUGCUCUUCCAGAGGUCCUGAGUUCAAUUCCCAGCAACCACAUGGUGGUAUCCCAUCUGUAAUGGGAUCCAAUGCCCUCUUCUGGUGUGUCUGAAGACAGCUACAGUGUACUCAUAUGCAUAAAAUAAUUAAAUAACUCUUA